UUUUUGUAUUAAAUAGUGUACAUUUACAAAUUCUCUGUUAUAAUUAUUUUUUUUUGGAAAGUGUUAAUGAUUGUAUGAAGUUAAAUAACUUAGUAUAUUGGACGAACGUUUAUAAUCUAUUGUAUUAUUUAAUUAGAGGUAUUAUUUUUUAAUUGCUAAGUAUCUUGUUGGCAAUGUGAAUUUUGUAAAAACUCCUCAGAUGGAUACGGAAUCAAUAGAAAAAUCUGUAGUUAAAAUGUUAUGACAAAUUACUAAUGACUAUGGAUAAGAAGACUGAAUUCCAACGUAAAGAAGGAUGUCGAUUAAAAGGCAAUUCUUGCUGUGCUCUUAAGCAUGCUGUACGUUCACUUACCAAUCUAGAUGAUUUUGUUAGUGAACGUAUUGGUGAAGGUUUCUUCUCAGAAGUGUAUCGUGUUACUCACAGAAAUACUGGAAAAGUCAUGGUCCUGAAAAUGAAUAUUAAACAGUCUAAUCGAUUCAAUAUGUUGAAAGAAGUGCAGCUAAUGAAUAAGCUUUCACAUCCUAAUAUUCUUGGAUUUGAAGGUGCUUGUGUUUACAAAGGACAACUUCAUGCAUUAACUGAGUAUAUCAAUGGUGGAAGUUUGGAACAAUUAAUUGAGUCUGAUACAGAACUUUCAUUUAAAGUAAGAAUGAAAAUAAGUCUUGACAUUGCAAGGGGCAUGAAGUAUCUACAUUCAAGAGAUAUAUUUCAUCGUGAUUUAACUUCUAAGAAUAUAUUAAUUAAGAAAAAUGAAACAACUAAAGAUCUAAUAGCUGUUGUGGCUGAUUUUGGCCUAGCUGCAAAAAUACCAAAGAAAGGACAAAGAUUACAGCAAGUUGGAUCGCCUUGGUGGAUGUCACCUGAAUGUGUCAAAGGCCAUGUAUAUAAUGAGAGCAGUGAUGUAUUUAGUUAUGGAAUUGUUUUAUGUGAAAUUAUUGCCAGAGUCAAAGCAGAUCCAGAUAUAUUACCUAGAACACAAAAUUUUGGUCUGGAUUAUAUAGCUUUUGUUGAGUUAUGUUCAUCUUGUCCGCCACCUACUACAUUUCUUAAAUUAGCAUUUUCUUGCUGUCAUUUAGAUGCUAAAUCACGUCCAACAUUUAAAGAAAUUGUUCAGCAGUUAGAAGAAGCACUUGCUUUUCCCCUUACUGCAAGUUCAAAUAUUUCUGGAUCAUGGAGAUGCCCAGUUGUUACAACUCGGUCUAAUCCUUGUUCAACAACUAUGGUAGAAGCACGAAGUGAAGAGUUCCUGUUACAAAACGAUGGGCCAGAAGAAAACAGUCAUAAAAAAUUGUGUCAUAGUAGAUCAUUAUCUGAAGAUGAAGGAUUAUUGGCUUUUCCUGCACAUACUGCUCCAUCAGACAAAGCACGAUGUCAUUUUGUACAACCUUUACGUUAUGUGGGUGAAAGUAUGUGCCGUCAAGAUCCUCAUUAUAAGCCUUGCCCAUCCAAAUCCAAUCCCUUUCAUAAACUGGAUGCAAAGUUUCAAGGAGUUCGAAAAAUACUUGCUUCUACAAACGGUUCAGAUUUAUUUUCAUCAUGCUGUGAACUACCAUCACCUGGUUAUGGUGAUCUUGAGAGGCGGUGUUCAUUAAGUGUUUCAAGUAGUGGUACACUUAUUGCUGAUUCAUCUACACCUAAAGGAAAACAUGAAUAUAUUGAAAAAUCAUUAAAAAAAUGCCGGUCUACAUCUUUACCAACAUCUCCAUUAAUGUCUAGAACUAAUGAAAAACGAUGGGUGUCUUUAGCAAAUAUAGAAAAUAAUGUUCAAUCCUUUCCUACUGUUACAGUAGAUUCAUGUUGGACUAAUCUCACAAUUCCAGUAAACUCUGGUGUAGCCAAUCUUAGACGGAGAGGCUCAUGUGAAUCGGGUUUCUACAGUAGUGUUUGUGAUGAUUUUUGUUUACCAGGACUUGAGUGCCAGCAUACAACUAAUGCUUCAUCAGUGACAUUGUCAUCUGGUUCUGCUACAUCUUCAUUAUUCCUUGACUCCACCAGUGAUGAACACCAUCUCCGACCUGGGGGCUAUUGUUUUCAACACAAUAAUACACAUCAUAGUUCAGAUGACCUAUCCACAUGUAAUGAAUGGGAAAACCAUCAAAAGACUAAGCAUAUAAGUAAAAUUGUUGAAUAUUUUGAAGAAAAACAAUGUCAGCGAGAUACACAGUCUUCUAUAAGACCAAGACGUUCAGGUCUUGUAUCUGGAGUUUUACGACGUGCAACAAACACAACUAGUCCAAAUGUCUGUGGCAAACGUAUUUUGGUGUGUGAAGGAGCUGUAAGGUCAAAAUUAAAACUUUUUGAUAGAAAAUAAAUGUUCUCAUCAGGGUGCUACUUACCAUUUAUAAAUAUUUGUUUUUUUUUUUUUUUUAUGGUAGGUUAUUUUUUGAAUUUUUCCAAAAUUUGUUUCAUCUAGUCAUAGAUACCACAGAAUGCCAAAACAGUAUAAUGUAUAUUAAAACCAUAACAUGAUAUUUAUUUACAAUAGUUGCCAUUUUUCUUUUUUUUCUCUUUUGGUAAGCAUGAGGGGUUUUAAUAUGUAUAGAAGUUAUAUUUGUAAUUUUUUGUUUUUUUUUCUAAUAUUUUAUUAAGGGAACUAUUUACUAUUAGAAAGUUCAACACAAGAUUAAAAAGAAUUAUUUUUAUUGUA